AACAGGUCCUUCUUUAGCUAAACAGAAAGCAAAGGAAGAGAGAAGAACGGAAAUUAAAGAAGAAAAAAUUAGAAGACAGUAAAGAUCAGUACUAACGACGACGAUGGACAAGAGAGAAAAGGGUGGAAUUAAUUAUGGAUCAGUUGGAGAAAGCUCUCCAUGUCCGAUGAUGACGAUGAGAGGAGUCGACGAGGCUGCGGCCGGGAAUAGUGACGGCGUGGUCAACGGCAUUCGCACCGCCGAGACGUUGCUCCGGUUGGUUCCGAUUGCGCCUUGCAUCGCCGCGCUUGUCGUGAUGCUUCACAACUCUCAGACUAAUGACUUUGGCUCCGUCUCCUACACCCACCUUGGAGCUUUCAGGCACUUGGUACAUGUGAACGGCAUUUGUGCUGGUUAUUCCCUCCUUUCGGCAGUCAUUGCAGCAAUGCCUCGUCCCCCUAAAAUCUCUCAAGCUUGGACUUUCUUUGUCCUUGAUCAGGUGAUGACUUACUUAGUACUGGCCGCCGGAGCAGUAUCGACGGAGGUUCUAUACCUGGCGUUCAAGGGGAACGCCACCAUCACUUGGAGCUCGGCUUGUUCGUCGUUCGGCUCAUUCUGUCACAAAGCUACUGCUUCUGUGGCUAUCACAUUUGUGGUUGUAGUUUGCUAUGCAGUGCUUUCCCUCAUCUCCUCUUACAAGCUUUUCAGCAACUAUGACGCUCCUGCUGUUAAUUACCCUACCAAGGCCUCUAUUGAAGUCACCACCUUCCACGGCUGAAUCAUCUUCAAUCAUGUAUUGUUGGGGAUUUUAAAUUGGCGUUAUUUUGGAAUGUUUGCAUAUUUGGAUUGUUUGGGAAUAAUGUGAUUAAUUUGCUACAGACUUUCUCAUUAAAGAGAUUUCGAAUUGCGUUUAAAUAGGGUCUCCUAUUUUGAUGAGUCAACUAUGGUGAUUUGAUUGUC